AUGAGCACUCCCAGGCUUCCCCGGCGACGCUCAGGCAAUCGAGCACGUCGUUGGCGCUGGCCUAGGCUCAUGGGUCCAGAAGCCAAAAUGGAUCAGCCGCUGUCCUGCGACAUGCUUGCUGAUGAACAGCUCUUUGUCGAUAACGUCGACGCCGCUGCACUGAGGUUUACUCCAGUGGCCUUUUCUCCCGAUAGAUUCUUUGUUGGUAAAAUGGCUCACCCAGUAUGCUGCAACAUGCUCGAUGAUGAUCAGCUCUUUGUCGGCAGUCUUGACGCCGCUGUGCAGAGGUUGACGACGCUGGCACCUUUGACGGUGGAUGAGUUUUCUGAGGAACGUCUGUUCUUCCUCUUUAUCACCUUCCCAAUUGGCACAUAUCGUCCUACCGUGCCGUUCAUAAACCGCAACCGGAUUACAAACAAAACACGCCUCAAGAUCCACCAUGGCUCGCUCGAUGUCGAUGCUGUACUCAUCCCAGACGAAGACGAGGAGAAGCAUCGUCUCACCAACCUCGUCGCCGGUGUCGACGCGGAGGACGCCAAUGAGCACCACUUGCAGGAAGUCCUUUCGGCGGCGCAUAGGGCGUCGACUAACCUCCGCCUCUCCCGUGAUAAGCCUGGCGUACCUCCACCGUCGGCAUACAUCCCCACACCUGACUCAACUGGCGUCGUCGACAACUAUGAAGAGCUGUACCCGCCUAACAAGUGGAAGGACCCUGCAACCUACGUCGCCACUUCCCAGACCGUUGAAGAGAGCAUCUCUAACGGCAUCGCCAAUGGUUUCACCUAUUACAUGGACGAGCGCGACAAGGAGUGGCUUGAUAGGAACAAUGAGGAGGCCCGCGGCGAGGGCACGAGUGCCCAGGGUGCCGUCUCGUCUGUCUCUGGGACUCGCACAUCCGCUCGCAGUGCCAAAGCCAGGGGCAAGGAGCCCGACACCUCUCAGCCUGUCGUCAUAUCUGAGGACGAGUUCGAGCUCGUAAUGGGUGUGUUUGAGAAGGUUACGCAUGAGCGGACGGAGUAUCUGCACCAUGGACUGGAGACGGGCAUGGAGUUUCCAGCAUUCUCGGAGUACCAGGACGUGUUCUCAGCCCCCCUACCGACGUCCAUGUUUGCAACAUUUGUCGUCCCGUCGUGGAUACCUGCGCAGCCCGCUCUGUUGAAGAUCGCCAAGGCAGUCUAUUCUUAUUGGAAGGAACGCAGAGUCGAGCGAGGCGGCCACCGUAUUAUACCCACAUUAAAUGGCGAUGAAUCCGACACCCUUAAUGAAUCCUACAUUUGUUUCCGGCGGAGAGAGAGCAAAGCAGUCCGCAAGACGAGGGCACAGCAAGUGACCUCAUCGGACAAGCUUGCUCGCCUGCAGAUAGAGUUGAACUAUCCGCUUGAGCUCGCGAAGUCGAUCCUCAUUCGAGAGACACUCAAGAAGGAGAAUGCCAUCCAGGCGCAAGCUCUCUGGGAGAAACGACAAGCAUUCGCCGAUCUCAAACGCAAAUUUCCUUCACUCAACGACAAGAUCGAUGAGGAGCUCUUGGUAGACAAGGAACGGCCGGUUAAGAAACCGGAAGUAGCUCGGGUGGGAGGACUCAAGAUAAGGACAGAUAAUCAAGCUUCGACUCCUCGUCCAGAAAUUAUCGUUAGGCCGAAGGAGCGAGUCGCGAUGAUUCGUGAGCAGAUCGAGUCGCAGCUGGCAAGACAAAAGGAUAUUGAUCAUCACUGGGAUGACCAGAUUGAUAACCCCUACCAAACCCAACCUGCUCCUUAUGCUUGCAGACUCUUCAAAUACGUACCUCCUCCUGGUGCUCCUGCCUGGCCUUCAUCCAGCUCUGAUAAGACCGACGAAGACGGCAUCCCUCCAUCCCCUCCCCCUCCACGCCGACCUCGUGCCGUACGUAUGCGCUACGGCAGAGGAGGGCGAAUCCACCUUGAUCGUCGGGAUAUUACCCGGCCGCCAAUAGCCCUCCGUGCUCGCCGUUCGGCUUUGUUCGACCUCGAAGGUGAUGACAUGGAAGUCGACGACACUCCUGAGGAGCAGGAACGACGGCGGCGUCUGGAGGAGAGAUGGAAGUAUGACUUGGACGACGUCCCUCCUGUGGGUCCUGAAGGAGCGGACGAGCAAGAUCGCAUCUUGGUGGAUGACUAUGAUGCAACGUACCUGCGGCAUAGUAUGACACUCCACUCGGAUCCCGACCACCUACAUCUUGUUACCGACCCUACUCUCAUCCUUACGAAUUCCGAAGGCCGACAACAUGCCGUGCUGCCAUAUCGCCUGGGUAUGCCAACACCGAUGAUUAGGCGGGACGCUCAGGGCGUCCUACGACAAGUGUACCCUGUACCCUCGAACAUGGCUGGCAUGCAUCCAGGUGGGCCGCAGGGCCAUCCGCAUCCACUCAUGGCGAUGCAGAACGGUGUUCCAGUCGCGAUGCAGCAGAUUAAGAAGAUGCAAGCGCCUACCGCUGCCCCCCAGAUGAGGAUAUCUUCGAAUGGGGGUAUGCGCCCACCUUCUGUGCCUGCCGUCGCCAACCUCCAAGCCAACGGCGCUGUCACUCAACAUCCGACACCACCCCAUCCUCUCCCCGUUCCUGUUCCACAGCACUCGCCACCCAACGGUGUAAAUGGAAUCAGCCGGGCAGCUAUCAGCAUGCCCCAUGUCGAUGUCCAGAAGCCCGAAAUUCCGAUUGCUACCCCCGCCAUCACCGCGAAUGGCAUCGCUGCUGCAGCUGCAGUCUCGCAACAACCCGAGGCCAACGCUGAGGUUGCUGUCAACGGUGUUGGUGUUCCGGCCCGACCGAAGUCGCAGAACCUUACGCCACAGCAACAACAGCAACUCCUUGCCAUGCCUGCCAAUGGGUUCCAUUUACCGCAAAUGGCAGCCCUCGUCAAUCAGGCGUACCCACACGCUCAGAACGGGCAGCAUAUGGGCGGGCUUUCGUUGCAGCAGGUGCAGAACCUCAAGAGCGCUUUCGCGAACGUGACGGAGAUGACUGCACUCCAGAAUGCUACUCGGGCAAGCCUACAAGGAUCGUACAUGCAUGUCGGGCCCAAUGCUGCCAACAUGAACAUGCAGAACAUGCAGCUGCAGGCAGGUUCCAAUCUCAACCUGAAGCUGCCCGCUACUCGACAGCUGCAGCAGUGGGGCAUGGGCUCGCCUAUGCAGCGUCCGGCGUCGGUUGUCAACCCGAUCGUAAAUGGUAUUGACGGGCAGCUGAAUGGUGCGAUGAAUGGACAGAUCAACGGCGCUGGGAUGGUCACUGCGAGCCCAGUGCUUGGGCAUUCGGUGCCUGUGCGCUCGCCGUCGGCGAAUGGCACCCGCCCGGGGAUGAGGAAUGGGGUACAUGUCUCAAUGUCGCCGCACCUUCACAACUCACCGUCGCCGUUGCCUAAUAUUGCCCAGUCGCAGUCGCCGCCCCGCAUGCCGAUGACACCGAACAUGGGCAUCGCAUCGCCGUCAUUGCAGCAGCAGCCUGUUGGGGGAACCCAGAAUGGUUUUUGA